AGCUUCUCUGGUAUUCUGAUUAAAAACAUGGUGGCCGUACUGGUUUGGCUGGUCCUCAGCAUCAUCAACUGCAGCAUGGUGCAAACCUUCCUACGACACAGUCUCUUCUAUGAGAACCCCCGAUAUAUCAUGUUCAUCUGCAUGGUCAUCAACGAUGCCGUGCAGCUAAGCCUUCUAACAGCUCUCUACGAGAUCAGCUACAUCUUCAGGAAGAUCCACGCCUCUGCGUGCUGCCUUCUGAUCAUGACAGCGGUCCUCACCACCCGCUCCACCCCACUCAUCCUGGCCGGCAUGGCCAUGGAGCGCUACAUCUCCAUCUGCUUCCCCUUGCACUACAGCCAGAUGUGCACCAUCCCUCGCACCCUCUUCCUCAUCUGUGUCGUCUUCAUCCUCACUGCGACCCCACCCAUCACCGACCUCCUCGUCACCAUCGUCAAGGAGCCACCAAGUUUCUUCAGCACCAUCAUUUUCUGCGACCACUCUGGUCUCUUUCGUGACUGGGCCAUCUACUACAAGAACUGGGUGUUUGACGGGACGUACCUCUCCUUUGUGGCUCUGACGCUGCUCUACGCCUACUGUAAGAUCAUGCUAGCAGCACGAGCUGCGUCAGCAGGCCUGGCCUCGCUGAAGAGAGCGAGGAACACUGUGCUGCUUCAUGGGGGUCAGCUGCUGCUCUGCAUGCUCACCUUUGUAGUUCCCUCACUUCAGGCUGCUCUGAUCUCCCUCUUCCCCCACCUGAGUAUGGAGAUUCGUUACAUCUUCUUCCUGCUUGUAUACAUCAUCCCUCGUUUCUUGAGCCCUAUGAUCUAUGGUUUUCGAGACGAACAGUUCAGGAAAUUCUGGGCCCGGGACCUGGCUUGUCGGAGCUGCGGUAUAUUCAGGGUCAGACCGGUGCUAUUGAAAGUGAACCUGCAGGUGAAGUAA